CCAAACACGCGGAGUAUUUCGUGUUCCUUUGCCCGCGUCCACCAUGGCAUCAACCGAGGAAAUAGCUGUCUCCGCGCUUGUUUACGAUUAUCUCCUGAAAAAGGAUGCGAGUCUCGCCAAAGUGUUCCAGAAGAAGACGAAUGCACUGGCCCUGCCGAAGGGUUCCCCAGGUAUCCUGGACGUGCUGAAGCACUACCAGAAGACCUCCCAGAAGAAACUCACAAUAAAGCCCACGUCGAAGCCCAACGACUCUGACUCGAGUUCCUCGAGCGAAGACGAGGCGCCGGCUAAGCCCCAGCUAAACGGUACGACAAAGGCCCAGAAGAAGCCAGCCUCCUCCUCAGACUCCGACUCAUCAGACUCCGAGGAGGCGAAGCCAGCUGCGAAGGUGGUCCCCAAGAAGCCCCAGUCGCCAGUGAAAACACCAGCAAAGCCAGCGAAGAAGGAGUCAGACUCCUCAGAGGACAGCUCCUCCGAGGAAGAGUCAAAGCCAUCAAAACCAGCAGCAAAAGCUGCAGCCAAACCUGCAGCUAAGCCAGCCAAGCCAGCCCCCAAGGACUCCUCUGACAGUUCCUCUGAGGAAGAGGACCCGAAGCCCAUCAACUCGUCCCCAGCAAAGCCAACAGCUGCCAAAGUCCCAGCGAAGAAACAAGAGUCCUCGAGUGACUCGUCAGACUCUGAAGAGGACUCGAAGACGAAAGCUGUGGCUAAAACUCCACUAAAGCCCCAGGCGAAGAAGCCAGCUGCUGAGGAGUCGUCUGAUGACAGCUCCUCGGAGGAAGAGGCAGUCGUCAAGAACGCCCCAAAGGUAUCAACUGGGAAGGCAAAGGUUCCAGUGAAGAAGGAGGACUCGUCUGAUUCAGAAGAGGACUCCUCCGAGGACGAGAAGCCAGUCAAGACACCUGUGAAGGCGCCUGUCAAGGCUGCAAAGAAGGCGGAGAGCAGUGACAGCAGUGACUCUGAGGAGGAGCCACCGAAGAAGGCAGUAGCUGUGAAAACACCUGCUAAAGCUGCAGCUAAACCCCCAGCUAAGGAGAAGAGUGACGAGUCCAGUGAUGAUGAUUCUGACGAUGAGCCUGCGAAGAAGCCAGUAUCACCCAAGAAGGCACCAGCCAAGAAGGAGGAAUCAGACUCCAGUGAUUCUGAUUCUGAGGAGGAGGCGAAGCCCCCGGUGAAGAGUGUGAAGAAGGCGGUGAAGAAAGAGGAGUCGAGUGAUGACUCCAGUGAGGAGUCUGAGGAGGAGAAGCCCAAGGCUGCGGUGAAACCUCCGCCUGCCAAGAAGACGAAGAAGGAGGAGAGCGAGGAAUCCUCGGAGGAGGAGGAGACCCCUCCGAAGAAGACCCCUGCGAAGAAGAAGGAGGAGAGCGAGGAGUCUGAUAGUGAUGAGGAGCCUCAGCAGACAUCUGUCAAGAAGAAACCGGCACCUGGGGAGAAGAGGAAACGGGAGGAGAGCGACGAGACCCCACAGAAUAAAUUCAAGAAGAAUGAUUACAGUAAUUUUGUGAAAGGAGGGAUGAAUGGGGAUAAGUCCCAGAAAAAUACACCAUUCAGACGUGUUAAGGACGACGAGAUAGCGGUGCCAUCAGAGCUAGCUAAUAAUUCCUUCGAGGCUAAGAGAGGCGCACGUGGCUCGUGGGGAGAAAAGGCGAAUCUUGACCUGAAGUACACAAAGGGAAAAUCCUUCAGACACGAGAAAACGAAAAAAAAACGCGGUGCAUACCGAGGCGGACAGAUUGACGUAUCCGUCAAUUCAAUUAAAUUUGACGAUUAAUAGCCUCUCAAUUAUCCCUGUUACGUACGUUUUAAUGGCUGUUUAAAAUCCCCAUUCGCGAUAACUCUUUGGAUGUCAAAGCUACCAAUAAGUCGACGUAUUUCGAAUCACAUUUUGACACAUAAAAUUUAUUCACUAUUCCACGUAGAGACAGUGAGGUGCAGUGUGGAGAACAUUCUAGUUUUUACGAUCUAUUUUUUUUAUUAGUUAUAUCAGGAGUUUAUUCAAGUUAUUCGGUAACUUGGUGUGUAGGUAAUUAAUGACUAUCGGAGUUCUUUUUAUGCUUGAAAGAGCAACUCGUAUGCGUAAUCACAUGUGACUACAGAAAUAAUUUACAUAUUUGAAGUAAAAAAUGAAAUAAAUGAGAAAAAAAAUGCAAAUUAA